AGGCUUUACCUCCCGGCCCGAGAGGAUACAGUGACGGAGUCCGAUCAUCUCAUCUCGAAACAUAACUAUAAUUCUGUUACUUAUUUGCAUCAUUUACAGGUUCUCUAUAGUUAUUACCGGUACUUAACGUUCUCCGUUGCUGGCACAGGAGGAGAGAUCUCCAUCAGGAAUAUUCCGGCGAAAAAGACGCUUUCAUCCCAGCUUGCUUCCCUUUGAAAGGCAUCUUCGGAUAGCACCAUGUUCCAGGAAGACGAAAAACGGUUUUCCUAUGAAGACCAUAAGACGACUGCUGACUGGCUUCUGUCAAAAACACAUCACCGGCCCCUCAUCGCCAUCAUUUGUGGCUCUGGAUUAGGUGCGCUGGCUGAUUCGUUGAAAGACCAAGUAUCCUUCAUGUACAGUGAGAUUCCAAACUUCCCUCAGAGCACAGUACAUGGACAUGCUGGCUGUCUGAUUUUUGGAAAUCUGAAUGGAAAGCCAUGUGUCUGCAUGAAGGGCAGAUUCCACUUUUAUGAAGGUUACCCAAUCUGGAAGGUGACCUUUCCAAUCCGGAUUUUCCACCUACUUGGUGUUGAGACAAUUAUUGUGACAAAUGCAGCAGGAGGACUAAAUCAAGAAUACAAGGUGGGGGAUAUAAUGGUUAUUAAAGACCACCUCAACCUGCCUGGCUUUGCUGGAAAUAAUCCUUUGGUUGGACCAAAUGAUGAAAGAUUUGGAACUCGCUUCCCUUCCAUGUCAGAUGCCUACAAUGCAGAUCUGCGGAAGCUUGCACGCACCGUCGGCAGCGAACUUGGAUUCAGCGAUUUUAUCCGAGAAGGUGUAUAUUGUGUUCUCAGCGGACCCUCCUUUGAGACUAUCGCCGAGUGUCGGAUGCUGAACUGUCUUGGAGCAGAUGCUGUGGGCAUGAGUACCGUCCAUGAAGUGAUCGUGGCUCGCCAUUGUGGUCUGCGUGUUAUUGGUUUAUCUCUCAUUACAAACAAAUCAGUGAUGGAGUAUGACAGCAUUGAUAAACCCAACCAUGAAGAAGUUCUGGAGACAGGAAAAUGGAGGGCAGAACAAUUCCAAAAGUUUGUGUCAACUCUUGUUGGGCGCAUUGAGUUCAAUAAUAACUUUUGAGAGAAAGUAAAGGAACAGUGAUGGAAGUGAUGGGGAGAGAACACAGCUGAAUGUAGAGCUUAAACUGGCUCAGUCUCGGGUCUUGAGAGUGUUCAUCACCAUGGCUUCCAAUCACAUACCCCAUUGUCUAUAUUUGUGAUAAAUGCUAUUUAUUUAACCUUUUUUUUAAAGAGUGUGUUCAAAUUUGCUACAGGCAGUAGAGGGACGUAUCUUUUAAUUCGGUGGUGAGUGUGAGAUUUUACUGCAAAACUAAUUAGGGGUCUACAAAACAGGUAUCAUUUAGUUUCAUCAGUACAUCCAUCAGUUAUUAAAUAUGUUCAAUACAAAUAAGUGGAACGGGAAUUUGGAGUUCCUAUUUUUAAAUUUCCACGUAGUAAAUUAAGUUCAGCCAUUCCAGACAAGCACUAUUUUGUAUGGCACAAAGGUGCUCAAAGUCAUCCAGAGCAAACUCCACUGGACGUUUUUAGUUUCCACAUUUUAUUGAAAGAACUCUUUAAGAUGUUUCUAUGUGGCGAUCAUCAACCACUCUUUAUUUGCAUAGGUUGUUAAACUGAUGGGUGUGAUAGUGGAAGGUAUUUUUGUGCCUAUAUGCUCUGUAUUGCUCUAAAUAGGUUUCUCUCAUGCGUCACUAGAAAUUCAUCAGCACAUGAAUUUAAAUAGAAAUCAAACUGUCGUCCUUUACUAAGUAGAUAAAGAAAUUUAGGAUUCUGUGAGGGUUUUGCCAAAGUUUACUCACUUGUUGGCAGCAGGCAGUGUGGCAUAGUAGUUAAGGCUUCAAAACCUCGGGUUGUGAGUUUGAAUCCCACCGCUGACACUAUGCGACCAUGUGCAAGUCACUUCACCUGCUUGUACUCCAGUUGGUAAAAGAAAAGAAAAGUAACCAAUCAUACGUAAGCGUUGGAUACAGGUGUCAACCGAAUAAGUUAAUAUAAGUUCAGACAUAAGCUAAUAUACUGUGUAUAUAUAUAUAUAUAUAUACAUACAUACAUACAU